UUGGGAUGAUGGUAGGUAGGCUAGAGCAGGAUACAAAGCCUAAAGCCAGCCAAUAUCAGGAGAUUGUAAGAGGGGGAACGGCAAGUAAUAUCUCUGUGGUAAAGUGCCCCUCGCAGAAUUAAUCAGUGCCCUCCAUUUAUCCACAGCAGGCCUACUCAUGAAACGGGGUCGAGGAUGAAGACUCGGCAGAAGCUAUCGGCUCCUGGAAGUGAGUACUUAAGCACUCAGCCGAGCAUCGUGAACCAAAGUUGUCCAUGGCCGAAACAGCUACUCUAAUCACAGCCAAGCACCUACCUUCACAUCACGAUGCUGUCCAGAUCUGCCAAAGACACGGUCUGGUUCACCGUUGUCUGCUUCCUUGCACUCAUUACUUCUGUUUUCGCGAAAUGUACCCGGGAGGGACUGCUAGCAGCAGCCAACAGUUAUGUAGACGCCUUCUCCGCCGGCAGACUUGACGGCCUCCAACUCACCUUGAGCAACUUUGCCUACCAGGAAAACAACAAGGCAGCCGACAUCAAGCGCGGCAUCCUCAGCCAGUCGCACAACAUCAGCCUCAACCGAUCAACGGCCGACACCAUUGCCUGCGCCAGCUACACCAUGAUCAUCUCAUUGGCGAGCGGUUCCAACUCCAAGCCCUAUGUCACGGCAACCCAGAUCCGUCAUCCAGCCGAUGGAGACACAUCAACCAUCUCAUCUAUCGACACCAUCGCUGCCACGACGGGGUCCUUGUUCUUCAACGCCCAAAAGACGUUCGGGUACAUCCAGAAGGAGAACUGGGGCGUCAUUGAGACGGCGGCGAAUCGGCCAAGUCGAGAACUGUUGAGAAAGGUCGGGGAUGCUUAUCUCGACAUGUGGACGGAUGCAAAGGCGGCUGAUAGUAUUCCAUGGGGGGCCGACUGUGAACGCGUUGAAGGAUCGCAGUAUACCAGACCGUGUGGUGUUCAGUUACCGAGAGGAGGCAGUUCAAAGCGCAACGGAAAUCGGCGAUAUGUCAUCGAUGAGGUGAUGGGUUCGGUUGACGUGCUGUGCUCGUUUGAUGCGCUGGGGAAUAUGCCGGAUAGCCAUGAGAUCCGGGUCGAGGGCGGUGAGGUCAAGUAUGUCCAUACGAUUACGGUAAUUUCAGAGCGUCGUGUAGUGUGAUG